AUGGUACGAGGAGAGCGUGUUGAGAACGACGGUAUUGUCGAGAGAGACGCUUACGAGGCUCUAUGCCGCGGUGAAGCUCCUAAAGUUGAUCCAUCUGAAGAAAAACUACUCUACUGCUACCUAAAGAUGGACAGGCCGUUCUUGCGUUUGGCUCCAAUCAAAGUCGAAAUUUUGCGACUUGAUCCCUUGGCGGUGCUUUUCAAAGAAGUCAUGUCGGAGGAGGAGAUGGAAGUGAUCAAAACAGCUGCCAUCCCUAAGCUGGAACGUGCGACCGUUAAAGCCGGAGAUGGUUCUACGGUCACUGUUGAUUAUCGUAUCUCUAAAAGGUAGUG